UUGCCAUUUCCGUUUAUCUGCACCAUUUUGGUCUGAGAUCAUGAAACGGUUGCUGUUUCUGGAUAUAAUACUUUAUGGCAUCUUGUUCAGCAAAACCUGGGCCUGGAGUGUUAAUAUGCCUUCAGACAUGCAUGGCCUAUACAAAUCCUGCCUUGUUAUACCAUGUACAUUCAACUAUUAUUAUUAUCCUCCUAACAACCCAUAUCGGAUAGUGUGGUAUCAGUAUGUUAACCGUGGAUAUCCUCUAGUGUUUGAUGCUUGGCACCCUACUUCAGUGAUUGAUAAGUACAGAGGAAAAACCAGAUUAUAUUCGGGGCAACAUGGGGACUGCAGUCUAGUGAUUCAGCACCUUAGUCCUUCCCAUCAUGGAGACAGAAUAUAUACUUGGGUAGACCCUGAACAUAUUGGAUGGAGAACCUUCAAAUUCUAUGAUGUUAGUACUUUAAUCCAUAUUGAUUCAAGUCCACAAGACCCCAUUGUUACCAUUUCUGGAGGUCAGAAAAUUGGGGACAGAAUUACAGUUCAGUGCAGAACGUAUCACACGUGUCCUUACAGACGACCCUCUAUGAGUCUGAGUGGAAUAGAAAAAAAAUCCAGAACAGACGAAUUGAAAGAUGAAGACUAUGGUGAUGGCGAUUGGAAAAUCACACUGACACGUGUAGGGGUUGUUUUGGCUGAAAGAAACAACAUUCAAUGUUCUGUUACACACAGUGGGGGUUUGUCUGCAGUCACCACAACAACACAUAAUGCCCAGUGUUCCACUGAUCGUGUCUGGAUUACUCCUGAUUCAAACACAGAGUUUCUGGAGGGUGUGGAACAAGAAAUUACUUGCUAUGUUACCUACAUGUGCUCCAGUGAUCGACCUAACAUUGUUUGGAAUGAUGGACAGUUAAAAGGAAUCAGUAGUUAUAGAACAAUCCAGGACUCAAAAUCUGAAGCUAAAUCUACAUUAAAGUUCACAGCAAAGGGUGAUGAUAAUGGCAAGACCAUUACCUGCCAAAGUACAUUAAAAGGGAAUCAGCAAAGAAUGUCAAUUACUUUAAGAGUUAAGAGGUCAAUGGGCUCACUUGACUGGAGUUUCACAAUGCCCAGUGCAAUCACUGGCAUCCGAGGUUCCUGUGUGGUCAUUCCCUGCAAUUAUAUAUUCAAAAACUCCCAGCAUAGUGGCACAGACGUAAGAUGGUAUAAAUUCUCCACUUCUGGAUACCCUCUGGUGUAUGACAAAUCAUUAAGCAAAAUCGAUGAUAAGUUCAAAGGUCGGACAAGAUUGUAUGACACCUCAAAUGAUAAGAGCUGCAGCUUAAAGAUCCAUCCACUCGAGCUGCAACAUAAUCAGGAAAGACUGUUUCCCUGGAUGGACCAAACUCCUACUGAAAGCUACCACCGACAAAAUUUUAAGGAUGUAACUAUUGCCCUUGAGGUGACAGAUUUUGUUGCGAAACCAGAAGCAGAAAUUCUUGGCACAGCUAAAGUUGGCGAGCCAGUAACCUUGUCCUGCAGUGUGUUACACACCUGUCCUGAAAGCCCUCCAACACUGAAACUGAGUAUUUCACAUGAGACAACAAGUCUCGUACAUAAACCUUUGCAUAAUGGAAUAUGGAAGAUAACCAGAGGGAUUACAUGGACAGUUGAGGAAAACGAUAAUUCUGUUGCUUGUACUGUGACUUACAUUGGUGGACAGACAUCAAAGACUGAAAUCAGUCUUAAUCCUAUAUGUCCCGUUGAUCAAGUCCAGAUUACUCCUGACUCAAACACAGAGUUUUUUGAGGGUGUGGAACAAGACAUUGUUUGCUCUGUUACAUACAUGUGUGCCAAAGACCGACCUUACAUUAUCUGGAAUGGUGAAGAUUUACCUGGCAGCAAAUCUCAAGUAACAAAGCAAGAAAAAAAACAGAUUGCUAGAUCCACAUUAAAGUUCACACCAACAGCUAGGGAUCAUGGCAAGACCAUUACCUGCCAAGCAGAUUUUAAAGGGAAUGUUCAAACAGUUAAAAUCACAUUAAGAAUAAAAAGGUCAAUGGGCUCACUUGACUGGAGUUUCACAAUGCCCAGCACAAUUUCUGGCAUUCGAGGUUCCUGUGUGGUUAUUCCAUGCAAUUAUGAAUUCAAAAAUGUCCAGCAAAGCACAACCAAUGUAAAAUGGUAUAAACUCUCCAAUACAGGUUACUCUCUGGUGUAUGGCCAACCAACACAAAAUAUCAUUCAACAGUUCCAAGGAAAGACAAGUUUAUUUGGCUCCUCAAAUGGCAAGAACUGUAGCUUGAAGAUCCAGCCGCUUGAAAUGUCACAUAGUCAGGAAAGGCUGUUUCCUUGGAUGGACCCAAAAUCUAUUGAAUCAUACCACAGCAAAAAUUUUAAUCAUGAAACUAUUGCCCUUGAGGUGACAGAUAUUGCACCGAUACCACAGGCAAAUCUUCUUGGUACUGCAAAAGUUGGUGAGCAAGUAACCUUGUCCUGCAGUGUGAUACACGCCUGUCCUCCAACACCCCCAAAGCUGAGCUUGAGUAUUUCACAUGGCACUCCAAAUUUAAUACACUCACACCUUUAUGAUGGGAAUUGGAAGGCAACCAUAGAGAUGACAUGGAUCCUUAAGGAAAGUGAUAAGUCUGUUACUUGCACAGUGAGUUACGCAGGUGGACAGACAUCGAAGACUGAAAUCAGUCUUAAUCCGUUGUGUGAAUUUUACAAACCGGUAAUAAGUCCAGCCCAAGAAGAGGUUAUGGAAGAAAUCGAAAAGACCUUUACUUGCACUGUGAACCACACAUGUCUAAAAGAAAAACCAAACAUAAUCUGGAACUACCAAAACAUGGCAGUUUCUCUUAAAACGCAUAAGGUUUCCUCCUACAUGUGGGAAACGGUUUCCACUUUAAAACUGAAAGCAUCAAGGGAUGACCAUGGGAAAACACUAACAUGUACAGCUCAAAAUUUAGAAGGAGAGACUUCAGAUCAUGUGACUUUAAAAGUAAAAAGGGGGAUGUUUUCUUUGGACUGGACAUUUUCAAUGCCAAGUAAGAUCAAAGGCCUUCGUGGAUCUUGCCUUGUCAUUCCCUGCAGCUUUGAAUUUAAAACAGAAAAACCUAGCAGUGUUCAGGUAAAAUGGUACCUAUUCUCCACAGCAUCAUACCCUUUAGUGUAUGACCCAGAUACUAGGAAUAUCAUCAACAAAUUCUUUGGCAAGGCAAGACUGUAUGGAUUGCCAAGUGAGAAAAACUGCAGUUUAGAAAUCACUCAACUUGAAAUGUCCCACAGUGGGGACAGACUGUAUCCUUGGAUGGAUCCAAAAUCAAUUGACACAUAUCACAUGGAAAAUUACUAUGACAAAUCUAUUGAACUCCAAGUCACAGAUCAAGCUGAUAAACCAAAACUAAGCAUUACUGGCAUACCAAGAGUGGGAGAGCAAGUCACAGUGUCCUGUAGUGUCCUGUAUACCUGUCCACCCAGUCCUCCAAGUCUUUCUGUGGGGAAAGCACUUGAGACUGAUAUUACUGUACACACUCCUGUACAUGAUGGCUUUUGGGAGAUCACCAAGGUUCACACAUUUAUAAUUAAGGAAGAAGAGCCAACCAAUACAUGUAAAGCCACAUUCCAUGGAGGACAAACAUCCGAAGCUCAAAUUGAUCUCAAAGCCAAGUGUACAUAUAAGGAUAUAACCAUUAACCCUGAUGUGGCUGAUGUUGUAGAGGGUGUUGGAAAGAAUUUCACUUGCACAGUUUUCCAUUCUUGUAAGGGUCAUCCUCCAGUUUUCACCUGGAACUACAAAGAUUUACCAGAGACUGUGGAGACUAAAAAAGGCCCUUCAUUAACCUGGGCCACCUACUCCAAUAUAUUAUAUAUAGCUUCACUGGAGGAUGAUGGCAAGAAAUUGACAUGUACUGCAACAUUUCCGGGUGGAGAGAUUACAUCUUCUAUUGUUUUACAGGUUCAAAAAUAUGUGCCCAAAGUGGUGGAUCCCUUUGAGAAUGACACUCUUCACAUUUUUGAGGCAAAUGUGGUACCCCUUUGACCAGCUCCUGUGUGGUGAUACCCUGUACUUUCCAAAUUGGUGACAUGCCUAUUAUGCGCCUUCGAGGUUUGUGGUACACCAGUAAUGGUGAAUAUGUUUACCACACCGGACAGUUUAAUGUUAUGGACAACUUUAAGGGCCGCACGCAGC